AUGAACUCGCCCACCGUCAAGCACAUCUCCGACUGCUUCGUCCGCCCUCACAUCACCACCGACGAAAUGAAGGGCCCAAUCCACUUACCUCCCUGGGACCUCCUCAUGCUCUCCGUCCACUACAUCCAAAAGGGCCACCUCUACCCCAAACCCUCCGCCGGCUUCCACAUCGCCGAAUUCCUCCGCCGGAUCAACCACUCCCUCUCCUUAACCCUCUCCCACUUCUACCCACUCGCCGGCCGCCUCGUCACCUCCAAUUCCCCCCACGACGACGGCUCCUACGUCGUCUCCAUCGACUGCGCGAACAGCCCCGGCGCCCGAUUGAUCCACGCCGCCGCAGAUCUGACAAUCUCGGACGUCCUGUCACCGACCUACGUCCCCGUCGUCGUCCAAUCGUUCUUCGACCACGACCGCGCCAUCAAUCACGACGGCCACACCACGUCCCUCGUCACCAUCCAAGUCACCGAGCUAAUCGACGGAGUUUUCGUCGGGUGCUCCUUCAAUCACGCCGUCGGCGACGGGGCCUCCUUCUGGAAUUUCCUCACAGCGUUGUCCGAAACGUAUCGAGGAAAAACCCCAAUUUCCCGACCCCCGGUGAACAACCGGUGGUUCCCCGAAGGCUGCAACCAAAUAAUCCCUCUCCCCGCGGAUCAAAUCCCUAGCCGCUACGAAUCCCCCAAACUCCUCGAGCGAUUCUUCCACUUCUCGGCGGAAUCGAUUGGUAAAAUCAAAUCGAAAGCCAAUUACCAAUCUGGGACAACCAAGAUCUCGUCAUUCCAAUCCCUAUCCGCUUUGGUCUGGCGGGGGAUAACUAGGGCACGGAAUUUCCCCGCCGAGAAGAUCACCGGCUGCCGGCUAGCGACCAACAACAGGGGAAGGAUGAACCCUCCCCUGCAUCCCGACUACUUCGGGAACUCGAUUAACCCGAUGAGGACCUCCGCCGCGGUGGGGGAGCUGCUGAGGAACGAUUUGGGGUGGGCGGCGUGGCGGCUGCACGAGGCGGUGGUAGGGCACAGCGACGAGAAGAUCAAGGGGUUUGUGUCGGCGUGGUUGGAGUCGCCGGUGGUUUACCGGAUGGAGCAGGUGUUCGACACGGACAGUGUGAUGAUGGGGAGCUCGCCGAGGUUUGAUAAGUAUGGGAUCGAGUUCGGGCUGGGGAAGGCGGUGGCGCUGCGGAGCGGGUACGCGAACAAGUUUAGUGGGAAGGUGACCGGGUAUCCGGGGCGGGACGGCGGCGGGAGUGUGGAUUUGGAGAUUUGCCUCCCGCCGGCGACGAUGGCGGCUCUGGAAUCUGAUGAGGAGUUCAUGAGCUGCGUAUCUUGA